AUGGCGUCAAAGAUAAUAGUCGUGGGGCCUGUGAAUGGCCAGUUACAGCCGGUCUUCACUAAAUUAUCAACUUUACACUCGAAGAAUAACUUCUCACUUGCGAUUAUCACUGGCAACAUGUUUUCUGAAGACGAUGAUACCGUUUCCGAGCUCCUUGCGAACAAAAUUACCAUCCCGCUACCAGCCUACUUUACUGUCGGCACCCAGCCUCUUCCACCCCGCAUUGUAGAGAGGAUUGAGAAAGAUGAAGAGAUAUGCCACAACCUCCAUUACCUCGGGAAGCGAAGUACCACGAAAACAUCUGAAGGCAUUCGAAUUGUCACCCUUGGGGGACAGCUCGAUAACACCAUUAUUGGUGGGAUGUCGAAGGAGCAAUACCUGCCAUUCCAUACGACAGGGGAUGCAAAGGCUCUUCAUGGAGCAAAUACAGCAGAUAUUCUGCUGACCACAUGUUGGCCCGCAGGUAUUCGAACUGGAUCCAAGAUCCCCCUUCCAGAUGGGGUGGCAGAUAUUCCAGGCCAAGGUCAUAUUGCCGAUCUUUGCGCCGCUAUCAAACCCCGCUACCAUUUUUCAGCCUCCCCGGGGUUCUUCUACGAAAGGGAACCUUUUUUCCAUUCAGCUGUCCCAGAAGAGCCAGACGUUAGGCCUUUAACCCGGUUCAUCUCCCUAGCUGCAUACGGAAAUCCUUCAAAACAAAAGGCUCUAUACGCAUUCUCUCUGCAAUCAUCACCUGACCUGACUGCCCCAUUACCAGCUGGUGCGACGGCAUCACCCUUUCUUUCCAGGCCUAACUCCAAGAAGCGCUCUGCACUUGAACCUGACCCGUAUUCAAGAUACGGUAACCAUGACAGUAAUGGCCGUCGAGAUCAUAAGAGAGCAAAGGGACGCAGGGGUGAGAGGCAGCCUCCACCUGGCCCUGACCAGUGUUAUUUCUGCCUCUCCAAUCCAAAUCUAGCCACCCAUCUCGUUGCUUCAAUAGGGGACGACGCGUAUCUCACUAUUGCAAAAGGCCCUUUGACAACCUCGGAAACCAAUGCUAGCCUCGGCACCGACUUUCCCGCCCAUAUGCUUAUCAUACCUCUCACACAUACUCCCACUCUUGCGUCGAUACCAGAGGAGGACGAUUCUCGAACAAAGACAUAUGCAGAGAUGAACAGGUACAAGGAUGCCUUGCAAUCAAUGGUCGCCAAAAGAAGUUCCAACAAACUCGGGGCUGUCACUUAUGAAAUCAGCAAGGGCAACGGCGUUCAUGUGCACUGGCAAUUCUUACCUAUGCCUGUGGACCUCAUCAACAAAGGCCUGGUCGAAGCCGCCUUCCGCGUGGAAGCCGAGAACCUACAAUACCCGGCAUUUGAGGUUCGGGAUCCUGAACUUGGUCAAAACGAGGGUGAUUUCUUCCGCGUCUGGAUCUGGACCCCGGCCAACGAGGAUGAUCCAGAGUCCAAACCGAGCACGAAAUGCUUGACGCUACCGUUCGAUCACACUGUGCGGUUCACGAUACAAUUUGGUAGGAUUGUACUAGCGAAGUUGUUAGGGCUCCCGAAGAGAGAGCAGUGGAAGGAUUGCGGACAGACUGAGGAUGAGGAGAAGCGUGACGUUGAGGCUUUUAAGAAGGCGUUUCAGGAGUUUGACUUUACUCUUUAA